AUGCUCAUUGCGACAGAUGCUCAGGAUUUGAACUCAUCAUUACUGGGACUGUUAAAUGGCGCAAGGCUCAAAGGGGCUUUGGCUGUUGUUUAUAAUUUUAGCCUGAAGAAAAGGAAAUAUAUUGGCAGUGAUCACAGUAGUUUGCAGGUUGCAAAGCAUUACCCCAAAGUUCUCGGCCUUGAUCCAUUCAACGACUUCUCCGUGCUCUGUAAAAUUGCCAAUACCAAGUACAGUAGGUCUUUUAGUAAUGAUUUCAUUGCUUCGGCCCUCUGCGACAACGCCAGCUCUCGGCCAGAAAAAGUGCCCUGUCAUAACUCAAAUACCCAAAAACAGGGUUGGCGACCAAUCGCAACAGCAGGACUUGAGACGAGGGAGCGAAGCGCCACCCAAGUCCCAACCAGGGCGGCCCAACGAACGGUAACUUCAUUCCAUGGACACUUUUGUGUCCAGGUAGUUCUAUUUUUGCGCUCGAACUUUGUUGGCAGGCUCGGGCUGGGCCUUGUGAUGUGUUGGAGAGUAGCGCCGAGCCCAGUGGUGUCUGAGGCCCCCGCAUUGCCGCUCACCGGAGAGCAUCCAGUCAGACCUUCGGAACAAAUCAACUCCAGAGGACCCAAUAUUUCAAGCAUGUCCUACCACUUGGUUGAACCUCUUCCUUCCAUCUCCCACACCACGCGUCCCGUCACGCACACUGCUCGUGGUGGCGCCGGCAAUGUCAUAUCUCUAAAAAAGACCACAGUCUCAUCAAGCCAAUCAACCACGAGCACAGGCCCAGCCGCUGCUCUGAAUAACCGACCGCAAGUGCGUUUUACCGGCCGUACAGGCGCUGGCAAUGUACACAGCUAUAGUGAACGGGCCAUCUUCAGUUUCGACGAAGAGCUGGAGCGCCAAUUGCGACGCGAGAAAGAAGUGGCCCCAGUUUUCCACGUAGGAAGAGGAGGUGCAGGAAACACGAUAAUACCGGAGGGUUUUGACCUGUCGCGCAAAUGCAGCAGAGGGAGCGUGAAGACCAUGUUCUAG